AUGAAUAGAAUUUUUAACAAUAAAGCUGUACAUCAAUUUUCCCAGGGUUUGUCGAAGAGAACUUACUCUACGCUGCGUUCCGCUAGCACAAAGUCCGGAGCUGGCAUUUACUUAGGUGGAGCUGCUGCAUUGGUUUCAGCAAUUGCCUGGACAUCCAUAGAUACGAUUGACAAUGAGGUAGAUAAAAAAAAGAUUCAGGAGGGUAAAAAUAUAGCUGAAAAUACUGGAAGCAACCAGAAAGAAGACGAGGCAAAGAAGGAAGCGGUGGGGAGAGGAAAUGUCAAAACUAAAAUUCCCGCAGAAUCAAGUACACCAACUACACAGUCCGAGGCUGCGGCCAACGACGAAGCAGAACAAACGAAGGAGAGCUUGUCAGGAAGUAAAGAUGAGAAGCUGCAAAAGGGCUCUGAUGAAUCCGAAAUCAAAUGGGGCAACAAGUUUUUGAAGCCAAUAUCUAGUGGGGCAUGUGGGGGAGAAUUCAAGGAUGCAUUUUCGGUACUUUUCUCAAGUUCAGACUUAAAGAGCUCUGAUACCUUCAAGAAGCUUGAUGCAUUGAGACGUUGUUUGAAGGAACACCCCGAGAUUUCGAACGAUUGA